AUGCUAUCUAAACACCUUUUGAAUAACGUUAAUAAAAUACGUAAUUUUUCUAAUGUAAAACGGAGUUUUGGAGCUGGUAGAGUAUACCUUAACAAAUCUGCAGGUGGUACCAGCAAGACUAGCACUAGUACCACUGCUAGUUCAGGAUCAGAUGUAAGCAAUGUACCGGGAUUAUCAUCUGCUUGUGUUUCUAUUCCUUCUCAACCCGUAGGACCUGGAGCAUCAAAAGACUCUAAUAAUUACCAAAAUCCUGAAUAUUUUAGUUACAAUACUUACAGUUAUUUUGAAGCAGAAGUUGAAAUGUUGAAGUAUCGGUGUCCUCAACCAUCUACCGAUACUCCUUACUAUCAAACUAAGUAG